AUAUUGUACCAGUUGGUUAUGAAGAAUUAGAUAAAGAGUUGAUGAGUGACAGUCCAGAAAUAAAUAAAUUUAUUAAAGAAAAUGAUGGCUUAAGAUGGAUACCUUACGAACAAUUAUCAAAUAUCGAAUAUCUUGCUCAUGGUGGGUUUGGUGUAGUAUCUAAGGCCAGAUGGAAGUCUUCAGAAGUUGCUUUAAAGUGUUUAAAUAAUUCUAAAAAUUUGACAGCUGAUAUCUUACAAGAGAUCACUAAUUAUCGACUGUUUGAUCAUAGAUUUAUUAUUUAUGUUAAUCAAUGCUAUGGAAUUUCUCAAGACCCUGCAACUGGCAAUUAUUUAAUGGUAAUGCACUAUUUUGAGUGCGAUAGAAGAUGUCGAAAAAUCAACAAAAUUAGCACAUAUAAGCAAACAGAGGAUGUAGAAAGAUCAAUAGCAAUAUACCAAUUACACCCGCAAGCUAUUUAUACGAGUCGACUGCUUGACUUAUAUUUGAAGGAAAAUGAUUAUGUUUCCGAAAAUUUGAAUGAACUUCACAUCGAAGAAAAUUAA